CGACAAUAGUUUCUUCUCUACUCAUCCAAAGUGUAUUCAAUAAAAUUUGAUUAAUUUGACAUAAGAAUUUAUAAUGGAAUCAAUUCAAAUACAUUCUGUGGAUGGAAGAGAAAUAUCCGUUUUACGAUCAAAGUUACGAAAAUAGAGUCCAAAAAUAAAAUUUAUGUUGAAGCCAUAUUUGAACAACGUAUCUAUCCACUUUUACUUGCCUUAUGCAUACGAAAAUAUGAAGAUAAUCGAUGAAGUAAUGAAAGAACAAAAACCAAAAUUUUACUCGUUAAAGCAUGCAAUAAACGUUGAUCGAAUUAGCAAAAGAUUGAACAUAGAUGUUUUAAACAUUUUCUGUCGAGUUUACAUGACUCAUCCUAUUCGAACUCCACAUGUUUGUGAAAUUUACGAGUUUGCUUGCGAAAACAGAGACCGUAAGUUACAAUUUUAUUGUUGGAAGAAUUUUAGCAAUGAUUGGAACACAGUAUUUUUCCAAAAUAAAAACGCUUUGGACUGUGAUGAAAUUGUGAUUCGUAGACUGGUUUCUCGCCCUAUAUAUCGAAAUUUGGACGAGAUGACCAUAUUUAAGAUUGUUUACGAAUGGGCACGACGUAGAGUUAACUCGAAAACAUCCCUGCGACAAGUCAUAGCUCCAUUCUUACUCAACAUCAGAUUUCUUACAAUUGAUGAUGGAUUUUUAAAGAGCUAUGUAUAUCCGAAACAAUUUUUAACAGAACAAGAAGUAAAUGCCAUUCAACACUACAAAGUAACAUCUGACAAAUCAAUAAUUCCAGAUAGCAUUUCUAGAAGUCAUCUUUCGAGAAACGAUGAGAAACGUAUGAAAAACGUUCAUAUAUUGCAAUCGAAGUUAUUCCAUUCACGAUCAAAAAAAGAAUAUGGAAAACAAGUUCCAGUUCAUUUCGGAGAUAUUUGUUCUAGAAGAUUGUUUCCUCACUGGAAUUAAACUCCCAAUUUUUCAUAACGGCGAAGAAAGUAUAAGAAUAAGAAUAAUGAAUUUUAUUGACUAUGGUAGUUGGAAACCUGGAAGACAAAACGUAAUUUGUGAUCAGAACGGAAAUAUUAAAUUGAAUCAUGUCAUUUAUGUUCCGAAAUCUUCUACAUUUCGUGUGAUAGCUAAAAUUAAUGAGGAGGAAAUUCUACGAAGUAACAUACGAAUUAGUAAUUCGGUAAGUCGUUACAUACCAGAUGAAAGAAUGGUCAUAAGUUCCGGAGUAACUACUCCAUUGAGUAAAGAUAUAGAAUAUCUAUAUUGUAAUGUAAAUAUUUAUUUUUGAAGAAGUUUAAAA